UCCGCAGAGUACUCCGUUUAAAAUUGGAAUCAUGGAUCAAUGGAUUGGAAAAGUUGCCGUGGUAACCGGUGCCAGUGCUGGAAUUGGUGCAGCGGUUACCGAAGCCCUGGUCAAGCAGGGUCUCUUGGUCGUAGGAUUUGCCAGGCGAUUAGAGAAACUUGAAACUUUGUCAGCGAGCCUGAAAGGAGCAAAAGGUAAGUUUUACGUGAAACAGUGCGACCUGACGAAGGAUCAGGAUCUCCUCGACGCCUUGGAAUGGGUGGAUUCAGAAUUUGGAGGCAUCGAUGUCUUGAUCAACAACGCUGGUGUCGUCAAUGCAACCACAUUCUUAGAUGACGACAUCGCUGACUUCCGGAAUAUGCUGAACGUGAAUUUCGUGGCUGGUGCAAUCGCCACCCAAAAAGUAGUGGCUUCGAUGCAGAGCCGGAAGGCUCGCGGUCAUAUUAUCAACUUAAACAGCAUUGCUGGGCACUCGAUCCCCGCCGUGCCGAUCGGUAUGAGUGCAGAAAGUUCGACUAAAUAUGCGGUAACAGCCUUGACUGAGCUCGUAAGGAGGGAGCUCGCCGUAGCCAAUGCCAACAUCAAAAUAACAAGUAUCAGUCCAGGAUACGUGGUAGGAACGGAAAUUCUUGCAAAAGCAGAAUAUGACCCAGCCGAGUUAGAGAAGAUUAAAGAUCUUCCUUACAUCGAACCUAAGGAUAUUGUCAAUGCCAUCAUCUUCGUUUUGGGAACCCCGCAAAACGUCCAGAUAACCGAAUUAACAAUUCGACCCUUGAACGAGUUGUUGUAGUGAGAACCAAGUUGAGGAUUUGCCAACGGAUUUGAAA